UGUGUUCUCCACACUACUUCUGCCUGAGUGCCACUACACACCACCAUCUCCAUCACUCAAUCGAUCUCAUUUGAGCUGCCAUGGCCGUGAGCGACACCAAGCUGGCCGAUGCAGAGAACCCUGCGGCCACAAAGUUCAGCGAUGACUCCGACGUAGACUUCGCGGGCCGCGCCAACUGGCUGCGGGCGGCGGUGCUGGGGGCCAACGACGGCCUGGUCUCCACGGCCUCGCUCAUGCUGGGCGUGAGCGCCGUGAAGCACGAUGUGCGGGCGAUGGUAGUGUCGGGGUUCGCGGGCCUGCUGGCCGGGGCGUGCAGCAUGGCCAUCGGGGAGUACGUCUCCGUCUGCUCCCAGCGGGACGUGGAGCUCGCGCAGCUGGACCGCGACGGCAAGCGCGGAGGCGACGAGGAGAGGGCGCUGCCCAGCCCCGUACAGGCCGCUGUGGCGUCCGCAUUCGCGUUCUCGGUCGGCGCCUUGCUGCCGCUGCUGGCGGCCGGGUUCAUCGUCGGGUAUAGGCAGCGGGUGGCCGUGGUGGUCGCCGUGGCGACCAUGGCGCUGGCGGCGUUUGGGUACGUCGGGGCAGUACUCGGCCGGGCGCCGGUAGCCAGGUCGUGCGCGAGGGUUGUGAUGGGCGGGCUCGCGGCCAUGGGCAUCACCUUCGGCCUGAUGAGGCUCUUCCGUGAGCUGGCCGAGUAGCCUUCGCAAUGAGAGCCUUUGCACGCCGAGACGCAAGCUUGCAUGGAAGGGAUCUACUCCAGCAACAGCUUCUGCUGGUGGCAUACUAGUUGUGGUUGCUGUUAACUUAGAUCUUUUUGAUGUUUUGUUGUUUGGAAGAUUAAAAGGUUCUCUGUCAAUGUGGUUGUAGGAAUAAGAUCGCUCAUGUAGUAGUUAGAAUCACUACUAUAUAUAUGGAUCACCUUAUGACGAAGGGAAACAAGAUUUUAUUUCGAAGUUCCAUGAA